AAAACUAGUUAGUGCGAUGCUAUUAAUUCAACUUUUAGAACCAAAGUAGAGGUUGCAUGUUUACGUUAGUUGGAAAACCAGAACUUCAGCUUCUUUUAUUGUUAUACUAGCUAACAAUGGUCUCUUUACACGGAAAGCACUCGACCGUUUAAUCGUCGCGAGUAUAAUACGAUAACGCCGCGGCACGUGGCAGAAACACUAGAAAACACAAUAAUUUUGGACGUAAUCCCCUUUUAUAAGUAUUGUCUCUUGUCUUGCUUGAUUGCUAACUCGCAGACCACAUACCAGCCUAUUUCGCAAGUUUCUUGUACCACGUGGUGGUCGAUAAAUUUUUAAUGCCGGGACAGUUUGCGGCCAAACUAACAUGGAGCCCAAUUCAUCUGGUCUCCAUUACUUUACGUCCAAUUUAUUAGCAGUUAAUCGCUAUCCGGGAGCGGAAUGCGAUUUCAUGACAGUUCCACCGAAAGGUAAAUUUUCCAUUGAGACGAGCAUAAAUCGAAUAACGAAUGGAAGACAAUUAAGCCCAAGUCGUUAUUGAAUAAUGUUAUUACGCUGACAGAAAUGGGUUAUUAACCUAUUGUUUCAAAAUACCCUAAGCACGAUUUAAUUGGCAGUCCAUGAAUCGCUUGGGCAAAUAAAUGUAGUUUCUUAAUUACUAAGAGUAGAUGAAACAAGAAUGUCAAAAUAUUGAACGCAGAUCUGUCACCUGUCCGUAGAAAUGUGAAUUUGUUUUACAUUACCUGGUCGCAACGCAGUGGGUUAUAUUAUAACUAGGCAAACGUUGCCCCAAAACUAAUAUCGUAGGCGAGAUUCAUUCGAAGAACAAACGAGGGAAUUCCGAAAUCGCCUCGUGAUCGCCAAGUUAAUCCGCGACUUUCUUGAUCAAAACUGCGUUUUCCAUUUGUGCAGCAAUUACUUAUCGCAAGAAGAGGACUUUUCUCUGCGCCAACAAUUUCUUUCAUCUAUCGCCCAAAAACGAGACAGAAACAGGAAUCAUUUUAAUUAAUCGCGGAGGGGAAACCGAGAAAGAUCUCCUUGCUUUCGUAAAUUUUUCGAAACGUAGGAACAAUGGCGAAAGCUGGUCUCUUUUCUCGAUCUCUUUAUGUUCAACGAAAGGUCCCUGUUUGAUUCGCUUUGUUCCCCUGUUCUAAGGCGAUGUUGCCAUCAACAGAUACUCUCUAAGUCUACUAACCAUGAAUCGAUUCCCCUCCAUAUACCCUAAAAAAUUAAUAAGAAACACUACAGUCUGGACAAUUAGCAAAAUCAAGAGCGGAAAAAGUGUUCCAACUGGCUCGCUUCUCGUUGUUUAACGACUUGUUUCAAUAUUUUCCUGUGCUGUCAUAGCCCAGAUAUUAGGUCGCCUUGUCAAGGAUUGUGAACGGAUACGCAAGUAUCAAAAAACACACACUUGUUUCGAAUGUGACAAUUACUGGGUAUUCUAGUCCAAUUAGCAUCGAGGAUGCCCACAAUUCUUGUCCUUCUGGUCAAUUGAUUUAGUAAUUAUUCAUACGUAAAACGUCAGCUUUGGAGAAAGUUGGAUAAAAUUUCCGAAAGCGGACUACCAGACGAUGAAUCUAUUUUUGUAUCGGGUGCGAUGCAUUCUUCUACAGUGGUAAACUCUUCGUAUCGGCCUGGUCAGGCGAACACGGUAAUUGUCAACAGGCUGUCCUCAUUGCCUGAGCUUUUUGCAUAGAUCAAUAAACCGGGCUAACUGGGAUAAUUAAUUUUGAAAGGGACAAAUGGAAUGAGUGUUCCUCUCUUUGUAACUGGGUGAGAUUAAACGUACAAUAUGCUUUGUUAUAACUGCGCUGUAUAAUUUCUUUUUAUUUUUAUUUUUUCUCAGCCCGGGGACAUGCUGGCUCGGGCGUAGCGAUCAAAGGACUCUCAUUAUCUCGCAAACAUUGUUUAGCGAUAGAAGGAAAGGCUGCUAGAUGGUAUAAAUAAGGAUGCCAGCUCGGGAGGCAGUGAGGUCAGUCGAGGCGGUUUAGACACAACCUGAGCAGCUGCUGUUCAUGUUGAUGUGUAGAGCAGAAAGGAAUUGGGUCGCACGUUCACAAGGCACCCACGCAAAAUGUUUACAGUCGCAUCAUUCGGUUUGUUAUUUCUGGCGCUGAUUGCUUCGUAUGUAUACGGUGAAUCAAACACAACCUUCGAUGGGUCCACCUACGUCACUUACUCGUACAGCGGAGAGCCGCGAACGUUUCCAGACGACAUCGUUGUUUUGUUUAAAACGAUCAAACCUUCUGGAGUGCUCUUCCACGCGACCAGUAGCGGAGGCGACUUCAUAACACUUGAGCUCCUGCGUGGAAAGAUCAGAUUUUCGAUGCUUGUGAGGGGUGUGGCCAAUCUGUUUAGCAAAAGCUUCUUUGGAAAAUCGGAUCUGGCGGAUAAUGAGUGGCAUCAAACUCAAAUAAAAAGAGGAAGCAGUACCACACUAAUCUUUUACAUUGACAUCUUGAAGUAUCCGAUUAACGUUCCCGGAUUUUAUUCCAAGCGUUACGCACAUCAGAUGUUUUAUCUAGGCGGUGUUGACAAUAGCUAUGCGCAGUCAAGACAUCCUCGUUUCAGGACAAAUCCCUUUCUCAGAUUUGAAGGUUGCCUUGACGACAACUUCGUAAAGGUUAACGGUCUAAAGCUUCUUUAUUUGGCCAGAAGAGGAAAUGCAACUGUACAUGGGAAAAAGAUUUCUAGCUGUAACGCUACCCCUGGAGGGUACAGUCCAAUUACCUUUCCAAAACCUGAGUCCUUUAUAAAAAUUAAUGCUGAUAACAAGAACACUGCCAAGUACAGCUUCAAAUUCCGCACAUACAACUCUAACGGAAUUUUGUUAAUUCAAAGAAUAACAAAAAGUAACGGCGCUGAAAUUUUCAUUUCACUGGAUUCUGGCAAGAUCAAAGUGGAAGUGAGUUUUGCGAGUAAAUCAACUCCUGUGACACUGAUCGGUGGGUCGGCCCUUGACGACGGAAUGUGGCAUCAUGUUGCUGUUAAUAUCAGUAUACAAAAUGUCAGGCUUGAAGUGGACUCUGAAUUGCUUUCCCAAAGCCAACGUUCCCUGGGCACGUUUCUCAGCAGUUCCGAGGUCUUUAUUGGAGCAAGUGACAAAGGUAGGCCUGGUUUUAUAGGAUGUAUUCGCGACCUUAUCGUACAGGGACAAAAAAUCAACUUUACAACUGUUACAUACAAAUCUCAGGUUAAGAUAUCCGAGUGCAGCCUUCACGACCUCUGUGUACCUAACCCGUGUCAAAACGGCGGCAGAUGCUCACAGCGUUAUAACCAAACCUCUUGCCACUGCUCGGAGACUGAUUUCGAGGGUGAAAAAUGCGAGAAGCCUUCGUUUUUCAUGCAGACAUGCGCUGAUUGGUGGGCAGCUGGUAAAACAAGUAACGGAUAUUACAAGGUAAACCCGCGCAGUUCGGACACUUUUUUAGUUUACUGCAACAUGACCAACGUAGAUGGACCUUCCACCGUUAUUUUUCACGCUCAAGACAGAAAACCCAUCAUUGCUGCUCAAAACAAGGUCGACGACAAAUCUUAUCGCCACGAAAUUUCCUAUGAGAACUCCAACGAGCAGAACAUCAAAGAUCUCAUAGCAACAAGCACGCACUGUAGACAAUAUCUUGAAUACAACUGCUACAACUCAGUCCUUUUUGAUUCACCCAACUCAUUCAAUCUUGAGUCGGGUCGCGGAGCACGCUGGGUGUCACGUGACGGAAAGACACAGGAUUACUGGUCAGGUGCCUCGCGUGGCAGUAUGAAAUGCGCAUGCGGGAUGAACGGAACAUGCGUAGACAGUUCCAAGGUGUGUAAUUGUGAUACCGUUAACAAUACCUGGCACGUGGAUGGUGGAUAUUUGACGGACUCAAGAAGUCUGCCCGUGAAAACAUUGCUAUUUAGCGUUGAUGGAACUAGCGUUAGAUCUAAUUAUGUCCUCGGCAGUCUUGAAUGUUAUGGCUCAGACACUAAAAGAACCUCAACAACUAACUUUCCAGUGACCGAAACGUCACCAAAGUCUCCAAGCACUAAAUCCACUAUAACGACAAGUGGGAAACAAACCGGUAAAAAACAAGACGGGACAUUAACUUCUACUCACCCUAGUGGAAAUGGUAAGCCUACCACAAAGAUUUCCAGUUCUUCAGAAACACGCACCCAAGCCACAGUCACACCAACGAACAACUCAGACCCGCCAGGCAUUGUAGUCAUCGAAUCACCACGAAAAUAUAUCACCAUACGUGAAAACGCCAAUCAAGAACUUGUGCUAAUCAUACUGAGUGUCAUACUAGCCGUCUUCAUCAUUGCAAUCGUCGUUCUUCUUAUAAAACAGAACUUAUUUUUUCCUUGCAAGUGCUUACAAGCGCCUUUGUAUCACGAUGUGCGCCAUAUGGACACCAUUGAGUUGGGUCCACCGAGCCCAAUGUACGGGGAGACUGAACCCGAGCCGAUUCUUCAGUUCGAGGCUAGUCCUUACCCAGCUAGGAAUUUCGAUAUUGGAAUGCACGACUGUCAUAUUUCGUCAUCGCCAGAGCUCUACAGUGAUGCCGAGACCGACAGGCUUGAUAUUAGCAUUGGUAGCUCUUCGUUGAACUCAGAAAAUGCUGAAAUGGAUAAAGACGUCCCUGAGAAAACAAUUGAAUACGAAGACCUUGACCUUGGCCUCAUCGAUGUAGUCACCAGCUUUCCCGCGCCAAAACAGCUCAGCACAGAGCAGCAGAUUAGGAAACUGAAAGAAGUUAUCUUUGACGUCCUGUCCGCCUCCGGUGACGUCAGAGCUAAUUAUAACGACAAGAAUGAAAGCCAUGUAGGUGCUAUCAAUCAAGAUAGAAAUCCACGCAACACCACGCAAAGCGAAUCAGCCGUAAAGGUUGACCAAUCAUCACAGCUAGCAGCAAAUGGACAAUUUGUAGAUUCGGACAACGAUUCUACCGCUACAAUUUCAGAAUUAGACUCAGAUCACGAACCCUUCGACGUAGAUCAGUGUACAAAAAAUAACUGCUGCGCUGAAGAGGAGGAUACGGAAACGGAGGCGUGCGAUGAAUCGUCUAAAGAAAGUACUCUCAAGACAUGGGAAACUGCAGGAAACAAAGAAAUCAACCGCGGCAACUGGCGCUCGUCUGAUCCUCAUGAUAAUUAUCUUUCUUUAGAUGUAAAUCACCUGGAACAUGAUACUCUCCAAAGGCAGCCAUUCAGUGGAGUGAAUUUGAAUGGCCACAGUUACAAUGAACAAAAUUCGUGUGACAAAGAUUCAAGGUCUCCACGGAAGGAGAAACAACUUCCCGCUAACUGCGAUGGAAGAAAUCGUGAACUGAGGCCACUAAAGGAAGACAAACGCAAGCACAGCUCGCCGCGUGCACGCUUAUUUUCCCGCCAAAAAAGCGAAGAGGAGGCGCUGCUGUCCUCGACGCAAGCCGGUGGACUGGAGAGAGCCAGUCGCUUUUCAGAUAGCGAUCAAAGUCAUUAUAGCGGCAUUUCAAAUGCAUCCUGCCGGCAAGGACAUCAGCAACAGUCUGCUUCAGCUAGCAAAAACCAGUCUGAAAAUCAAUUUAAAGAUCGCAAUAACGUCAGUGUUAAGGUCAUUCCACUGAAGCAAUCGCAUUCGCAGAAAUAUGAAACUGAACUUUAGCUUUUAUAACAUUGCUACAUUGCUGAAAAUUCUAUAGUCUAUAAAUGUAUUGAAUUUUUACAACAACUCAGUGGAAUACAUUGUAUACUAGACCAGACUUUUUGCGAUUAACAUCAAAAGAUUUUCAAAAAAGGAUGUAUAUAAAUCUAUUAAACUGGUAAGAUUAUAAUAAAAUAAAUUUUAAUAAAGUAGUCUAUAUACAGAAGCUUGUUUAUUUACAAUCAUAAACUAAAAGGUCAUUGGUAUUGUAAAAUUUAGACGUAAAAGUACUCGAGAAAUCGUUUGUUAAAAAAGUUUUAUAAAGUAAAGUUUCGUUUAAAGUGAAAUAAAUACUUAAAUGUGAAUAACCCUUGCGUGGCAUUCAAGAUCCCUGACAUGAUCCCGACUUUUCGAAUCUCUAAGGGAAAGUUCGAGUACGAGUCGGCUAGUUCGAGAA